UCCCUCAACACUGGGUGAUGGAAGAAGAAAAUCUCUGGAACCAACAGAGGAACUUCAGCAUGGAACAGAAUGAUCCAGAAUCUACAGAGACUAAAGAGAAACAGGAGGAACUAGAACUUCUACAGAGAGAAGAGGAACAGGAGGAACCAGAACCAUCACAGAUUCAAGAGGAACCAGAACUUCUACAGAGUAAAGAGGAGCAGGAGGAUCCAGAACCAUUGCAGAUUAAAGAGGAACACGAGGAACCAGAACCAUCACAGAUUCAAGAGGAACAGGAGGAACCAGAACCAUCACAGAUUAAAGAGGAACAGAAAGAACCAGAACCUCCACAGAUUGAAGAGGAGCAGGAGGAACCACGGAGCAUACAAAUUAAGGAGACUUUCACCUUGAUAGAGAUUUCUACUUUUGAGGAACAAGAGAAGAGUGAAAAAGAUGUAAGCAAUCAGCAGAGCCUGAAUGGAACUGAUAGUCAGGAUGAAGAAGGAAACCAACAUGAAGAAUCAACAUCAACUCUAGAUGAAGAGACAGAGCCACAGAACAGAGAUCAGAGGAAGAGAAGGGACAGAAGUCAUGUCCAAAGUGUGGACAGCUCUCACAUGUCAGAAGGUCAGUGUGACUCUGAUGUUAGAAAAAAGUCCAAGAUGAAAACUUCUGUCAUGAAACAUAAACAAUCCCCAAAAGAAAAGAGACUUUCCUCUGCAGGGUCUGGUAAAAGAACAAGAAUUCCACACGAUGUGUCUGUUCACAGAACUAAGUCUGAUGAAAGACUUCAUGUCUGUGAGGAAUGUGACGGAACAUUUUGUUAUGUAUCACAGCUCAAAACACACAUGAGAAUCCAUACAGGAGAAAAGCCUUUUACGUGUAAGGAAUGUGACAGAAGUUUUAAUCGAAUAUCUAGUCUCAAAUUACACAUGAGAAUACAUACAUUAGAGAAGCCUUUUCCGUGUAAAGAAUGUGACAGACGUUUUAGUCAAUUAUCUAGUCUCAAAUCGCACAUGAGAACUCAUACAGGAGAGAAGCCUUUUUCGUGUAAAGAAUGUGACAAAAGUUUUAGUUGCAUAGCUUAUCUCAAAACGCACAUGAGAACUCACACUGGAGAGAAGCCUUUUUUGUGUAAAGAAUGUGAUAAAAGUUUUAGUCAAAUAUCUGGUCUCAAAUCGCACAUGAGAACUCAUACAGGAGAGAAGCCUUUUCCGUGUAAAGAAUGUGAUAAAAGCUUUAGUUGCAUAGCUUAUCUCAAAACACACAUGAGAACUCACACUGGAGAGAAGCCUUUUUUGUGUAAAGAAUGUGAUAAAAGUUUUAGUCAAAUAUCUGGUCUCAAAACACACAUGAGAACUCAUACAGGUGAGAAACCUUAUCCAUGUGAAGAAUGUGAUAAAAGCUUUAGUGUGAUAUCUAAUCUCAAAGACCACAUGAUGACUCAUACAGGAGAGAAACCCUUUUCAUGUAAAGAAUGUGAUACAAGUUUUAGUUGCAUAUCUCAUCUCAAAAGACAUAUGAGAAUUCAUACAGGAGAGAAGCCUUUUUUGUGUAAAGAAUGUGAUAAAGCUUUUAGUCGCAUAUCUGUUCUCAAAAGACAUAUGAGAAUUCAUACAGGAGAGAAGCCUUUUUUGUGUAAAGAAUGUGAUAAAGCUUUUAGUCGCAUAUCAAAUCUCAAAGAACACAUGAGAACUCAUACAGGAGAGAAGCCUUUGUUGUGUAAAGAAUGUGAUAAACGUUUUAGACAAAUGGGUAGUCUCAUAUCACACAUGAGAAUACAUACAGGAGAAAAGCCUUAUUUGUGUGAACAAUGUGAUAAAAGUUUUAGAAUGAUAUCUCAUCUCAAAGAACACAUGGUAAGUCAUACAGGAGAGAAGCCUUUUCUGUGUAAAGAAUGUGAUAAAGGUUUUAGUCUGAAGUCUCAUCUCAAAAGACAUAUGAGAAUUCAUACAGGAGAGAAGCCUUUUUUGUGUAAAGAAUGUGAGAAAGGUUUUGGUCGCAUGUCUACUCUCAAAGACCACAUGAGAACUCAUAGAGGAGAGAAGUCUAGUUGUGUGUAAAGAAUGUGACAAAAGUUUUAGUCAAAAAUCUAGUCUCAAAUCGCACAUGAGAAUUCAUACAGGAGAGAAGCCUUUUUCAAGUAAAGAAUGUGACAGAAGUUUUAGACUAAAAGUUUAAUCUCAAAGCACACAUGAGAACUCAUACAGGAGAAAAGCCUUUUUUUUAAAUCAAGGGAAACUCACAGCAGAGGACUUGUGAAGAAAAUACAAUAAUGGUCUAACUGGGAAGGUUUAACUACUGUGAAAAAAUGUUUUCUCUUAUUUUAAGGGCCAUGUAAAAUAAACUAUAAAAAUUGUAUUAUAAUGUUCAUUUCUCACUAGAAACAACUCCAAACCGGUAUUUUGAUCCUUUUACAAUUUCUGAGUAAUCCUCUAUAAAUCUUUGCUCUGAGCACCAGCCCCCAUAACCCAUCAAAACAAGCGUGUUCUCACAAUCUGACAUCACAAAGUAAGGACGGCCCCUUUCAGGAAGCAUCUACAAUGAAGUUGGUUUCUAAAGCACUUCACAGCUGACAAGCUGUGUGGAGAUUCUACUUUUCUUUUCCAGCAGAACUUUUAUCAUUUCCACUCUACUAAAGUUACCUAAAGCUGCUUCUCCUUAAACAUCUUUUUAUGUGUUUGAUCAAGCAGCAAAUUCCCUGAGCUGGAUUCAAUCAAAAAUCUUUCAAGUGUUUUUAAAGAGGAAGAUGAGACAGCAGAGCCAACAA